CAAACAAAAAUUCCCCAAUUCGUUUCCUGUUCCAAUUAUCCUAAUGGCCUUCUUUUUCAGUCUUUGAUGGCUUUCGCUCUCCUUGUGCUCGCUGUAAGCAGCACCACUCAACUCUCUACAAAUUUCUAUUCAAAGACUUGCCCAAAACUCUUUCCAACUGUCAAGUCCACCGUGCAGUCAGCUAGCAAAGAGGCCCGUAUGGGUGCCUCUUUGCUUCGCUUGUUCUUCCACGAUUGCUUCGUUAACGGAUGCGAUGGAUCACUUCUACUAGACGACACAUCUUCCUUCACAGGAGAGAAAACUGCAAUUCCAAAUCUCAACUCGGCCCGUGGCUUCAAUGUGGUUGACAAUAUCAAGUCAGCUGUUGAGAAGGUUUGCCCUGGUGUCGUCUCCUGCGCUGAUAUCUUGGCCAUCACAGCCCGAGACUCAGUGGCUAUCCUUGGAGGGCCUAACUAUGUAAAACUAGGAAGAAGAGAUUCCAGAACUGCUAGCCUAUCUGCAGCCAACAAUGGAAUUCCCCCUCCAACUUCUGACCUUAGCCGCCUUAUCUCUCGCUUCAGCAGCCUUGGGCUCUCCACCAGGGACCUUGUUGCUCUCUCUGGGGCUCACACAAUUGGGCAAUCAAGGUGCGUACAAUUCAGAGCUCGUAUAUACAACGAGACAAACAUCGAUGCUUCAUUCGCUAAAACAAGGCAAGGCAACUGCCCCAGAACCAACGGCACUGGUGACAACAACUUGGCGCCACUUGAUCUGCAGACCCCAACAUUUUUUGACAACAAAUAUUUCAAAAAUCUGAUCGGAAAGAAGGGAUUGCUUCACUCUGACCAACAGUUGUUCAAUGGUGGGUCUACUGAUUCAAUAGUGAGCACCUACAGUAACAGUCCAAGCACCUUCACUUCUGAUUUUGUUGCUGCCAUGAUUAAGAUGGGAAACAUUCAGCCACUCACUGGAUCCCAGGGUGAGAUCAGGAAAAAUUGCAGGAGGGUCAAUUAAGAAAGGAUCUUGAUGAAGAAUAAUAAAGUCUUUCGAAGUUUGGUUCUCUAAUUCAUGUAAAACUUGUUCCUUGUUGUAAUGCUUUUAAAAUUCUGCAUUUGUGAGUGCAAUAUAUUUUUUUUGGAAGAACAGAUGUUAUGAUGAAUUGGAUCGUGGAUUGUCUUUUUUUUUGGGCUUGGCCUUGGGCUUGCAGUUUAGUUUAGUUUGUGUUCUAUUCAUCAAAGAAAAUAAUAAAAUAAUGCUUGCAGCUUUGUAGGUCAGAGCUGGGGCUUUAUAACUCA